AUGGCCGCCGACUCGGGAAUGGAAACUUGUCCCUCGCCAGAGGCAGCCGACUCCAGGAAAAGACCACUCGACGGGGAUGCUGAAAACGGGGACAACAAGCGCUCCCACUUCAGUUCAGAUGGUGCAUCUGACGAGGAUAAAGCAAUUUCAGGCGGAGAUGGAACUUUCCAUUUCAAAUUGUUGGUACCCAGUGUCGCCGCUGGCGCCAUCAUCGGCAAAGGCGGCGAGACUAUCGCCCAACUGCAGAAGGAGACAGGAGCCCGCGUCAAGAUGUCCAAGUCACAUGACUUUUACCCAGGUACGACGGAACGCGUCUGCCUGAUAACGGGCAGCGUCGAGGCCAUUAUCAACGUGAUCGAGUUCAUAAUGGAGAAAAUCCGGGAGAAACCGGAUCUGACCAAGACGAUAUCGGACGGCACGGCUGACGGGAAGAUGCACGAACGCGAACGACAAGUGAAAAUAUUGGUGCCCAACUCGACGGCAGGCAUGAUCAUAGGCAAAGCGGGAAAUUAUAUCAAGCAGAUCAAAGAAGCGAGCGGAUCGUACGUCCAGAUUUCGCAAAAAGCCAAAGACGUCAGUUUGCAAGAGAGAUGCAUCACUGUGAUAGGAGAUAGAGAACAAAACAGGCAAGCUUGCUUGAUGAUCAUAGGCAAAGUGGUGGAGGACCCCCAGUCCGGCGCCUGCCUCAACGUCUCCUACGCCGACGUGAACGGUCCCGUGGCCAACUUCAACCCGACCGGCUCGCCGUUCGCCAAUCAGCAGACGGCGGCGGGCGCGUUCGGCGCGUCCACCGCCACCCUGAACGCCGCCGCCGCCGCUGGGCUCGGCGCCACCGUCUCGCAGGGCCUCGUCCUCAACGGCGGCGGCAUCAGCCUGAGCCUCAAUCUGACGGCGCCCGGCCAGAACAUCUCUAAUCUGACGGCGCAGCUGUUGGAUCACAUCAAGGUUCAACUGAGAAGUUCUGGAUUCGGAGAUUCGCAAAUAGUCGAAAUUUGCACGGCACUGACGGUCUUGGCCAAAUACGGAAUCAUCUCAGUAGGCUUGGAUUGUUUUUUCCCAGGUAUCAGUGGGGCGCAUCCCAGUGCACUGCCCGUUUCCAAUUACCUUAGCGUGAUGGAUCAAACGGGUACGACGAAUACCAGUACCGGCGUGUUCGGAGCCAUCGGGCAAGUCAGUUUAGGAGACUGUUUAGGUGCGAAUUCGGCCGCCCCCCGCUCCGCCCUCGAUCGCUACGAAUCCGCUUUCGAUCCGUUCAGGCACCAGGUGUCCGCCGCGACGGCGCCCAUCUCGCUCAACAACAACAGCUUCGGCUUGGGCACCACCGCCGGCCAGCAACAGGUGGCCAUGCUCAGCAAGAGCCCCACCCCCGCCGAGCUCAACGGCAACAAGGACACGAAGAACGUCGAGAUCGCCGAGGUGAUCGUCGGCGCCAUCUUAGGUCCGGGCGGGCGAUCGCUCGUCGAAAUCCAGCAGAUCAGCGGCGCCAACAUCCAAAUCUCCAAGAAGGGCAUCUUCGCGCCGGGCACGCGCAACCGCAUCGUCACGAUAACCGGCAACCCGCACGCCAUCACCACCGCCCAAUACCUGAUCGAGCAACGGAUCGCCGAAGAGGAGAUGAAAAGAGCGAGGAACAACGGCCUCGGCACGCUCGCGAUACAGUGAUCGACCUAACGCGCCACCGCACCUAACCUCUCUCACUCUCUCGAGAACCUAACCUCAAACGGCAGAACGGAGGGACGGUUCACGCUGCACGUAACGUCAACGUAA